GCGAGCUCGGGCUCCGGCGCCCGGGCGACGGCGCGGCGGCCGCCAUGGGCAACAAGCAGACCAUCUUCACGGAGGAGCAGCUGGACAACUACCAGGAUCCAAAGCAAGACAAGAAUUUGGGAAUGUGACUACAAAACACCAGCAGGCUCCUCAGAACCCUGAGAAGCUUUUAAGGUUCCUGCCAUAUUCAUCCCCCAUGAGCUACCUUUCUGCAAUGAGCUCCAGGCAAAUAAGUCAACAGCAGAAAAAGCAAACCGUCAGUUGAUGAGCAGGUUCACGGCAGCUUUGUUGGUGCUCAGAGAAGAAACAUUAGGACUGCACCUUCUUCAAUAAGAAGGACAUCCUCAAGGUAGGCCCAAAUGUGGACUGCCAACCAGUGCGCCACUUCCAGAAGAAUCCAUUCCUCCCGGUGAUUUCCAGUGCUCUGUCACGGACCACCCUCCCUUACAUGUGCGCCUCGUCUGCGCCCCAAGGCUCCACGCACGGUUCUACGAGCUGGCCCCCAACCUCGUCCCCAUGGACUACAGGAAGAGUCCCAUCGUCCACGUGCCCAUGAGCCUCAUCAUCCAGAUGCCGGAGCUCCGGGAGAACCCCUUCAAGGAAAGGAUCGUGGAGGCUUUUUCUGAGGACGGCGAGGGGAACCUCACCUUCAACGACUUUGUGGACAUGUUCUCCGUGCUGUGUGAGUCGGCUCCCCGGGAGCUCAAGGCAAACUAUGCCUUCAAGAUCUACGACUUCAACACGGACAACUUCAUCUGUAAGGAGGACCUGGAGCGCACACUGGCACGGCUCACCAAGUCGGAGCUGGACGAAGAUGAGGUGGUGCUCGUGUGUGAAAAGGUCAUCGAGGAGGCCGACCUGGACGGCGACGGCAAACUGGGCUUCGCAGACUUUGAGGACAUGAUUGCCAAGGCCCCCGACUUCCUCAGCACCUUCCACAUCCGGAUCUGAGGACACUGCCGAGGGCACAGGGGCCCCAAGGCCAACCACCUGGGUCUGCUGUCUGCACGAGUGUGACCUCCGAGCUGUCCAUAAAAGAGGCUGCGGCCUCUGGGGCUAGACCCACCAA